CACACACACACACACACACACACACACACACACACACACACCCCAAGCUUCUCAUAGUCAUAGGUGAGGAGAAUGUAAUCCGUAUUCAGCCUGACAGCAUUUACCCAUCCAUCUGUCUCGUCUUUCGGUGUUCAUCUUCUUGUAGUCUCGUGAGAUUUUUGCUGUUUGUUUCAUCACGAUGGGAUCCACUGCCUUUUCUCGCAGCUUUCGAGGCUUCACUUGCGAGAUAGGACACGGCGGUUCAGAACAGAUGGCUGCUGCAUCUGCAUGCCAACCGUUUCAAGAAGGGAAGCAGCACCUGCCACUGCACCAUAGCGGUUCUGCUCUUCCUCCAGUGAACAGAGGAACGGUUCUGCCUCUGCGACAGGCCACCUCGGUGCCGCCUCCGGCCGCGCGGGAGCCGCCGCCGCCGCCGUCGUCGGGGAGGAGUGCGACGGAGGUGCGUGCCCUGAAGGUCCACAGCGAGGCCGAGAGGCGGCGGCGGGAGAGGAUCAACGCCCAUCUCGCUGCGCUGAGGAGGAUGGUCCCUGAUGCUAGGCAGAUGGACAAGGCCACCUUGCUGGCCAGGGUGGUUUGCCAGCUGAAGGACCUGAAGAGGAAAGCCGCCGAAACCAGACAGCCGCUGCCCAUCCCUGCAGAGGCCAACGGCAUCACUGUCGACUGCUACACUGGCGCCGCCGCCGGCGGCUACGGGAGGCCGGAGACGUGCAUCAGGGCCUCCGUCAGCUGCGACGACCGGCCGGGGCUCCUCGCUGACCUCGCCGGAGCGUUCCGUGGUCUGAGGCUGAGGCCGAUGAGAGCAGACAUGGCCUCCCUCGGAGGCAGGGCACGGUGUGAGUUCAUGCUGUGCAGGGAGGAGGGCGAUGUGGUGAGCGCCGGCCGCGUGAAGGCUCUGGAGGACGGUGUCAGGCAGGCGCUGGCCAGUGCUGCGUACCCGGAGUCGGCGUACGGAUGCAAUUAUAGGAGCAGGAGGCGGAGGAUUUUGGAAUCGCAUUAUGCACUUGGUCAUGAACUCGGCGUAGGUGAUCACCAUGGCCGGUAAUUUUGGAGACCAAGUUGUGAUCUUUUGAGGUGUUCCUGAUGAGAAAUGAUUGCAGAAAGGUUUAAGGGGGUAAGCUCUCCUAUUUCCAUUGCGA